UCAGCAGAAGAAUAUUAGACUUCACCUUGGAGAUCAUCUCCCUGCUGAGCGGAGAGGAUUACACCAUCGUGACGAGGACAUCGAGGUGGACUCCCAUCAUUGAAGAGUCAGGAGGGUGGAGCAGGACCCCCAUCACAGAGCCUCCCCCUCUGAUACAUGAGCAGAAGAUCCUAGAACUCACCCACAAGAUGAUGGAGCUGCUGACUGGAGAGGUUCCUGUAAGGUGUCAUGAUGUGGCGGUCUAUUUCUCCAUGGAGGAGUGGGAGUAUAUAGAAGGACACAAGGAUCUGUACAAGGAGGCCAUGAUGGAGGCUCCCCUGCCUCUGACAUCACCAGAUGGACUCCUAGAAAGAAAUCCCUCUGAGAGAUGUCCCCGUCAUCUGUAUUCCCAGGAUUGUCCAGAGGAGAAGCUCCCAGAGAACCAUCAGGAUGAAAAUCUGAUUGAUAUUAAGGCUGAGGUUAAAGAUGAUGAUGAAGAAGAUAUGGAUUUAUGGGGCGCUCAUCAGUAUGGACUCAUAGAAGGAAAUCCCCCUGAGAGAUGUCCCCGUCCUCUGUAUUCCCAGGACUGUCCAGAGGAGAAGCUCCCAGAGAACCAUCAGGAUGAAAAUCUGAUGGAUAUUAAGGUUGAGGUUAAAGUUGAAGAAGAGGAGAUGGAUUUAUGUAGCGCUCAUCAGUGUAAGAAUUGUCUGCAUUGAGGGUCACCUGGAUGCUACUCCCAUCAUCUCAUGUAAGAAUCUCUCCUGUCCCUGUGUGUUUCUUACAGAUGGACUCCUAGAAGGAAAUCCCCCCGAGAGAUGUCAUUGUCCUCUGUAUUCCCAGGACUGUCCAGAGGAGAAGCUCUCAGAGAACCAUCAGGUAGAUGGAGCUGAGCCCUAUACACAUCUAUGUAGGGGGG